GGCCGCGCGCGGUAUCCCGGCGGUGGGCGGGGCGCGGGCAGAGCUUCCGCGCGGGCGAUGGGGCUGCUGAGCAUCUUGAAGAAGAUGCGGCAAAAGGAGCGGGAGCUGCGGCUGCUGAUGCUGGGCCUGGACAACGCCGGCAAAACCACCAUCCUGAAAAAGUUCAAUGGGGACGAGAUCGACACCAUCUCGCCCACGCUGGGCUUCAACAUCAAGACCCUGGAGCACCGCGGGUUCAAGCUGAACAUGUGGGACGUCGGGGGCCAGAAAUCCCUGCGCUCCUACUGGCGCAACUAUUUUGAGAGCACCGAUGGGCUCAUCUGGGUGGUGGAUAGCGCCGACCACCAGCGGAUGGAGGACUGCAAGAAGGAGUUGGAGACCCUCCUGGUGGAAGAGCGCUUGGCCGGGGCCACCCUUCUCAUCUUUGCCAAUAAGCAGGACCUGCCAGGUGCGUUAAGUCCCAGCGCCAUCCAGGAGGCCCUGGACCUGGACAGCAUCCAGACCCACCAUUGGUGCAUCCGAGGUUGCAGUGCUUACACUGGGGAAAAUCUACUGGCGGGCAUCGAUUGGCUGUUGGAUGACAUCUCAAGCCGGAUAUUCACCGCGGAUUGAGAGGAUCUAAGAGUGUUUCUCAGUCUUGGCCGCUGGAAGAUGGGUGGACUUAAACUCCCAGAAUUCCCCAGGCAACUGGGUGGACUUCCACUCCCAGAAUUCCCCAGAUAGCACUGCUGUCUGGGGAAUUCUGGGAGUUGAAGUCCACCCAUCUUCCAGCGGCCAAGAUUGAAAAACACUGAUUUAGAGAUUUAACCGCUGCUUAAAGGCCCAUCUUUGUCCCUGGAUCUGGGUCCAGUUUGAAGCAACGUCCAGUGCAAAAAUCAGUGUUUGUAUUUGGUGUGGCCUGUGGCAUCAAUCCUGUGGCUGGGGGGCGGGGGGGGGGGCGAGAAAUCCACUGGUCUUUUACUAUCUUCGCUUCUCCACAGAGGAU